AUGGCGCCGCAGCCGCAAGGCGGAGGCCCUCGUAUAACAGCAACGGGCGACAUUAUUUGGCCUGGGCCCAACCCCAGCACGCGACAGCAGGGUCUAGCCCUCCCUUUGGCUGCAGGCGGCCAGCAGCAGCAGCAGCAGCAAGGUAUUGUUUGUGUUUCUGCCUUCACAGUGCUGCUGUGUCUUAUUGGCCUUUGCCUCCACGAAUUCGCACAUGCGGCUACUGCCUACCAUGCCGGGGUGGAGGGAGUGGCAGAGUCGUAUAUUUAUACUUGCUUACUUGUGUCAGUAUUUUUUAGUACCAUAUUUAGAUCUACUACUUUUUCUGAACGCGCAGUGCGCAGCCGUGGGUGGAAAACAGCCAUGGCGCUGGCCGGGCCCGCCACCAACUUGCUGCUUGGCAUGCUGGGCAGUUUUUGUGUCCAAGUUUAUAUUUUAGUUGCAAGUGCAAAUCCUUCAAUCAUUCCUCUGCCUAUUAUCGGCCUCAUUUGCUUCAUUUUCUUGCAGUUCAUGUCGGCCGUUGUGAACCUCAUCCCCUUCCCACCUCUCGAGUAG